UCGCACGAUUUUUCCCACUUCUGACCCCCGCAUGAGUUUUCCACAGCAGGUCCGCCGCAUGAACUGCGACCUGUCCGGGACUCGUCAGUUCUCCCCCUCAGCCCUCUAGCUUUGAUUGACCCUGUCAUGGCUCCUGGUGCCGGAGGAAAGAGAAAAAGAGGCGAUCGAUCGUGGUCUGGCGAUUCCGGGAACGACGGUUCACGACCAUCCCCCCACCGACCAGGUAAUCUCAACAUGGCGCAACACAAUCACGGCCCACAGUCUCGCGACUACGAUUCGCGUGGCCGCGGACGCAGGCCUCCCGGGCGAGGCAGAGGUGGGAAUAUGAAUAUGGGCCGACGCCCCAGUGGCGAUAACCAAAACUUCGCCGGCGGUCGGAGGGACACGGCCAUGUCCCCGCCCAGCAGCGUCCCGAUGAAAGACGCGCCGGACUCUAAUCAGACCAACGGAGCUUCUGUGAAUGCGGACCAGCAUAGACCUCCUCCAUCACCGUCACCUGUCCCCUUAUCGGCCCCGUCACAGCCACAACCCCAAAUACAGAUAACUCCGUCCCCAGCGCCAAGUCCCGCCCCGGCGCCGCCAAUGCAAAUAUCAAACGCUCCCGUGCAGCCUCCCCCCGGGCCCCCUCCGCCAUACGACUACGAGUAUGUUACACAGGCAGCCAUUGAUAACUGGGCGGCCUCAGGUAGGAAGGAAGUUGUGGAAAAGGGAAUCCAAGCGAAAGAUGCGCAGGAUGCUUCUAGCCUAGCAUCGGUAUAUCAAGAGCUCAUCCGCUCAGCUCUUUACGGACGCUUGCCGCCAGACCACGCAGGCUCAGCAGUUCGGAAUAUCAUCGGAGAAGAUGUUGAUUCAGAGAACGUCGAUAUGAACGGGGAGCGACCAACAUCAAAUCUCCUUGAUACGCGAUCUCUGUUCUUAGACACCUUGUCCAUUCUUACCGAUUCCGACACAUCGAACAAUGCUCUGAGACCGCUUGUAUUCGCCACCGGCAUCAAUGCUGCACUUAUGCGAGUGCAGCUUGACACGCAGCUCCUCCAGUCGCUCGGCCUCGUCCGUGAAACCUUCACCCGUAUGGGAAUUCGCAAACAGACCAAUCUCUUGUACCGGCAGUCGAACUACAACCUUUUACGCGAGGAGUCUGAGGGUUACUCUAAGCUCUUGACCGAGCUUUUCACAACGAGUAGUAAUGAGCCUCCAUCUAGUGAAGUGGUGGAAGAUACUUUCGAGAAAGUCAAGGCGAUGAUUGGUGCUUUUGAUAUGGAUGUUGGCCGUGUGUUGGAUGUCACUCUGGAUGUCUUUGCUGCGGUUCUUGUUAAACAGUAUCGUUUCUUCGUCAAGCUUUUGCGAGCCAGUUCGUGGUGGCCCAAAGAGGACAACUUCCGCAACAUGGAAGACGGAAACCGUGAUUCUGGUCUCCCAAGAUGGGCUCUACCCGGUUCAACUGGGUGGAUGACCACGGAUGAAGAGCGAGUUGAGAUCAUGCAAGCCAACGAGCAGCGAGAUCGCCAAUUCUGGAUCCGUGUAAGAGAGAUUGGGAUUCGGGCUUUCUUUGAGAUCGGCCGACGACCUGUAACUCAGGAGGAACUCCAGCGCAUCCUUCCUGAAAGCAACAGUCUUUCUGACGAUGAAAAAUCAAUGCGGAAAUGGAUCGAAGAGACGGGUACGUUGCCGCCCAAAGGCAGUCGAGUCGCCGCCCAGCUUCUUGGUUUCAAGCUUCGAUUCUAUUCUUCCAAAGCUCGCUCAAAGUGGGAUGUCCUACCAGACAAUCUCAUCUACCUGGCAGCCCUGCUGAUAAAGGUGGGGUUUAUCUCGCUGCGUGACCUAUAUCCUCACCUUUGGAGACCAGACGACUCGAUGGAUACACUGAAGGAGGAAAAGCUCAGGGAGAAGGCCGAGAGAGAGCGAGCGGCACGUCCGGGAGGUGGUGUGAAUGCUUUGAUGAUGGCCGGUGCCCUGUCGGAUGACACCCUCCCUAUGCCUCGCAUCCGUGAAUCCGAGACCCGGUCGGCCACUCCUGGGAAGGAUCACGAAGCGGACAAAGCUGCCGCUGCGAAGGCGGAAGAGGAAGAGCUGCCAGAACCUUCAGAUCAGAAGGUCAUGCUGUUGAAAAGUCUCCUUGCCAUCGGCGCACUUCCCGAAUCCCUGUUCAUCCUCAGCAAAUUUCCAUGGCUCAUGGACGUCUACCCCGAACUCCCCGAAUUCAUCCACCGUAUCCUUCAUCACUGUCUCAGCAAGGUAUACGCUUCCCUGCGCCCACUUCCUUCUGUGGAAGGGCUCAAUGAAGAAAAGCAAAUACCGAGCCAAGAUCAAGCAGGUCUCGCAAAGGGUCAGAUUCGACUGGCCCAAGCGCCACCACGACGCGUUCUUCGAUGGGCACAGCUAGACAAGGACGACACCAAUGACGGUACCGAUUAUCGAUUCUACUGGGAUGACUGGACCGAUAAUGUCCCCGUUUGCCAGUCGGUGGAUGAUGUUUUCGCGCUCUGUUCCUCAUUUCUCAACCUGUCAGGUCACAAGAUCGGACAAGACUCGAGUCUCCUCUCGAAGCUUGCCCGAAUCGGAAAGGAUAGUCUCAGUCAAGAUGAUUCCCCGGCGAAUAGGGCCCGUUGGCAGGAUCUUUGCAAGAGACUCCUGAUUCCUUCUAUUAGUCUCACCAAAGCAAAUCCCGGCGUUGUGAAUGAGGUCUUUGACCUUGCCAGUUUCUUCUCCAGAGAAACCAGAUAUAACAUGUACGCGGAAUGGAACUUGGGACAAACGUCUCGACUACCGGACCUCAAAUCCGCGUUUGACCAAGCAAGGGCCGAGACGAAAGACGUCCUCAAGAGGUUGAGCAAGACAAACAUCCGUCCAAUGGCUCGUGCCUUGGCCAAGAUCGCUUAUGCCAACCCCGGGAUUGUCAUCAACGUCGCCAUCAACCAAAUCGAAUCUUACGAGAAUCUUAUCGAAGUUGUUGUGGAGUGCGCGCGUUACUUCACAUACCUGGGAUACGAUAUCCUGACCUGGGCAUUGAUUAGUUCUCUCGGCCAGAAGGGCCGAAGCCGUGUACAAGAAAGUGGUCUGUUGACCAGCCGUUGGUUGAACGCCUUGUCCACCUUCGCGGGAAGGACUUUCAAACGAUACUCAGUGAUGGACCCCGCUCCAUUGCUGCAGUACGUCGUCGAGCAGCUGCGCCAGAACAAUUCGACGGAUCUUAUCGUCCUGGAGCAAUUGAUCAGCUCCAUGGCAGGUAUCAUCACGGACACUAAUUUUAAUGAGGCACAGAUUCAAGCAAUGGCAGGUGGAGAAGUCCUUCAAGCCCAAACUAUCUUGCAGCUCCUCGACAAACGGCACGAAUCAAAAAUGACCUCAAGGCGACUCAUGAAAUCUUUGACUGUCUCCAAACUCGCCGGGCAAUUGUUGAUUGCUAUUGCCCAGGAACGCCUGACAUGCAUCUUUAAGGAGACUGAAGGUGCUUCUGAGCUGAAGCUUUUGGGUAACAUUUUUGAUGAGAUUCACCGUAUUUUGGCACAGUAUCUUGAUUUGCUCCGUAGCAAUCUUACUGUGGAGGAGUUUGAUUCUUUUGUUCCCGACCUAGCUUCGCUCAUCGGUGACUAUGGCAUUCAACCAGAAGUAGCCUUCUGGAUUCGGAGGCCAAGUAUUGCGCUGAAGAUUGCAGAUAUUGAGAGACGCGGACAGGAUGUUGAGGAUUCGGGGGCUGUCAACCGGAUCACUACGGAGAGGCGUCAGGUCAAGGCUGAUGGUGAUAAGAUGGACACAGGUGGAGAUGGAGAGACGGCCACUGGUGAAGGAGACCAGUCCACGGAGCACACGAUGGAAGUGGAUCAGGAGAAGCCAGAAAGCACGUCUAAUGUGCAAGGCAGCACGGACACUGGUACCGCAACCAUCGAGGCACCCCCUCUCAACCCAGUCAUCCAGGAUCUUCAAGAUCAAGUCAAGGCUGUCUUACCGACUGACACAUGGGGAACUGUUGGUCUCCAAUUUUACGUCACCUUCUGGCAAUUGUCACUUUACGACGUGCAUAUCCCGCAGAAAGCUUACGAAGAUGAAAUCGACCGCCAGAAACGCAAAGUCAUCGCCAUCAACAACGACCGGUCCGACAUCAGCAUGGCCGGCACGCAAAGAAAGGAACGUGAGAAGAGGCACUUGACUCAGCUUCAGGAUCGGAUCUUGGAGGAGAACAAAGCUCAUCUAAAGGCCUACGGUCAAACGAGGACGAAACUGCAAAAAGAGAAAGACCGGUGGUUCGCAGGCAUGCGUGGCAAGCACGAUGCUCUGAACGUUGCUCUCCUGGAGCAGUGUUUCCUGCCCCGUCUGCUUUUGUCACCCAUUGAUGCGUUCUACUGCUUCAAGAUGCUCAAGUUCCUUCAUUCUACGGGUGCCCCCAACUUCCGAACUGUCGGCCUCUUGGAUCAGCUCUUUCGGGAGCAGCGACUGACAGCUUUGAUCUUCCAGUGUACAUCAAGAGAGGCGGACAAUCUUGGUCGCUUCUUGAACGAGGUGCUCCGUGAUCUCGGCCGUUGGCAUGCAGACAAGACGGUCUAUGAGAAGGAAGCUUUUGGAAAUAAGAAGGAUCUGCCCGGUUUCGCCUUCAAUGUUGACCCCGAAGGGAAGCCCGGGACCUUUCUUGAAUAUGAGGACUUCCGACGACUGCUGUACAAAUGGCACCGUCUCAUAGCAUCAGCACUGAAAACCUGCUUGAAUGGUGGAGAAUACAUGCACAUUCGAAACGCUAUCAGUGUACUCAAGGCCAUCGUACAGCAAUUCCCUGCCGUGAACUGGAUUGGUCGAGACAUGCGCAAUAGCAUGAAAUCUCUUAGCGAGAAUGAUGAACGUGACGAUGUCAAGAUCCCGGCUGCUUCGCUCAUCGGUGAUCUCAACCGAUGUGAAAAGAAGUGGAUUCUUCCCCAAGCAUUCAUGAUCGCAAGUCAACCCGCGUCAGGGAAGGCGAGUGCACCGAAUGCGACAGGAAAGCCCGGCACGCCGCGCCCUCCAUCUGAUACUCCAGCUUCUUUGAAUGCUUCUGCGCCCGAAUUCAGACCUACAACAGCCAACGAAAACCAAGGCACUCCGAAUACCGAGGCGUUGACCCGGGCAGAGGUUGAAGAUGGUGAGAUUGAAGAUGCGAGAAUGGCCGAUGCGCCGGCCAAGGAUGCGGAAGAAAGCAUCCAAUCAACUCAACAAGCCCAGACAACCGACACUGCAGCCUCUCAGCCCAAUGUAGCUGAGGCCCAACAUACUGAGACUCUAGAAUCAAGUGGCCGCGGCCAGACCUGGGACGAUAAAAACGCGCCCUCUCUGGCAGCAGGGCCAUCUGAAGCCGAACCUGCUCCUCGUCCCCACGUUCCUGCAUCACCUGCUGAGCCGUCAGCUGCACCCAGAGUUUCCGAGCCUAGUAGGCCGCCCCCCAAUAUUCCGAAGCGCCCCGACUUCGACAGAGCGCCGUCUGGGACACCAAACUCCCGUAAUCAAACUCACCUUCCGACUCGACGACUGCCGCCACGACCUGAUCUUAUGGAUGAUCGACGCGAGAGACAUGCAGAAUACCCCCGCGGCGGCCGGUUCGGUGGGGAGCACGAGUACAACCGCCCGUUCGAUCAACCGAUGGGCGAUGGGCGGACUUACGGUCGGCUUGAGCGGGGAUUUCCUGGCCGGCCCCCUGUGGAUGAGCCAUUCCGCGGUCCUCCUCUUCGAGACGGACGACCUCAGCGGGAGAAUGAGUGGCCGGAUCGGACUGGCCGCUUGCGUCCUGACGGCCGAGACAGCCUUCCAAAUGUCCGGCCAGGCAUGCCCACUCACCCCGAUCGCCUUGACAUGAUCCUUGAUCACCCGGAGCGGCCAGGAGACAAUUUUCGCAGGGGCGAUACAGGAAGGCAGGAAAGAGACGAGCGGCGAGCUCUACCCGCCCGUGCGUUGUCGCCUGUGCCCGUGGAGCCCCCGAGUAGUCGACCAGAACGAUUUCCGUCCGAUGAUCGUCGGUCUGCCAACUAUCCUCAACCGCACAUGCGCGGCGAUGAUAUGCCCACAGGACCCAGCAGUGAGCGGUUUGGUCGGCAGCCCAUUGAUUCGGAUCCUGGCGUUGACAUGACGGCGGGACGUCUGAGGCAGCCCGAGCCAUCGGCUGACGUGCCUCUUGGCCCGCGGGGUAGAAAUCCGUCCGGGCGAGGUGGUCGUAACGUGUCCGGCACACCUCAUACUGGCCUUUCGUCUACCGCUUCCAACACUGGAACUGCACCCGGCCGUCCGCCUCCUACAGGGCCUGGCCGCCAAAAUGCUCGCGCUGCGCUGGAUCAGCCGCCAUCAGCGGGGCCUCCUUCGCCAACCGCCGAGAAGCUCGACACCAGUGGCAUCCAUCCUGACCGGUUGAAGGUCCUGCAACAACAGCCCAAGGAGACUUCCUAUGGCGGCAAUCCUAGGUCGCAUCCUUCCUCAUCCCCCGCCUCUGGCAUUCCUCCUCCAUCUGGUCCCCGGGGAGCUGCUGGACCACCUAGUGGGCCAUCGUCGACCCCUCGGGGUCCGCCUUCUGGGCCUGGGUUUGGCGGUGAACGAGGCCGCGGCGACAAACGCUUCGCGGGGAUCAACAACAUGUUGCAGCAAUCCGGAGGGCCGCCCGAGCGGAAUCCCGGACCUAUGAUCCGGGGUCGCGGUGCCAACCGACAAGCGUCUGCUGCCAACGCCCCUUCCCCGCAAUCAACGCGCCCACCCACUCCGGUGGGAAUGGAGGAGAGUGGUCGUCUUGGCCCUCCUUCGCAAGGAAGACCCGACCUGCUCGCUGGACGACCCUCGGGACCAUCGUACCCGGAGGAUGACAGUCCUCGCAACCGAUUUGGCAGUGGGCGAGGCGAAUUGAUUGACGAAAGCGGUUCUGAGGGCCGAAGAUCUAUACGAUAUUCUUCCGGCGGAAGCUUCAAUCGCGGUGGCGGCGGCGGCGAGGAGGAGGGAUCACGGGGGAGCAAUCGCCGGGAGGACCACCGAGAACGCACACGGGAUUAUGAGCGCGAACGCAGCCGUCGCAGCGACGCUGGCGCGGGCACUCCGCGGGAAGAACGCUUCGAGUCUCGCGAGGUGUCUCGGCGCGGUGCGGGUGCACGCGAGGACAAUCGACGACGACGAGAGCGCGAUGACGGAUCGGAUCUUGCUCCCAGCGGCAGUCAAGACCAUGAGGGACGCUUGAGGCCACCGUCUUCUCUUGGCGGACCACCCCCUCCAGCCCCGCCACCGGCUGGCGCGGAGGAGGAACCACGCCGCUGGAGCGGUGGGCGCGAAGGGCGAGACCGUGACCGCAACCGUGAUCGUCAGCGCGAUCGCGAUUAUCACCGGGACGGUGCUGGCGGCCCUCAUCGCAAGCGCAAUCGACCGGGCGACGAAGGAAGCCACGGCGAGGGAGGCGGACGAGGCGGAAUGCGUAUGGGAGGAGAAAUUAAACGUCCUCGACGUGGGGGUUGAUUUGAUUGAUACCAGUGGAAUGCCAUGUUUUCUUUUCUUUUCUUUAAGUGCCUCAGGUCUUCCUACACCCACCCACCAUCUCUCAUUCUCUCUCUUUCCUAUUGAAUUUACUUUGUAUCUCGUGCACUGGAUCCCAUGCAUUGUUGGACGGUGUUAGGAUAUUAAUUCUUUUUUUUUUUUCUCUGCAGUGUUCUGCUGGAAGGCACCAACCAAUUGGCUGAGCUUGUGGCCAUCCUAGGGGGCAAUUGCAUUUGUGUAACAUAGUAACAUAGUAC